CAUCCUUAGCCUUGCUUCAACAAUACUUUAACCCACCAAGUGACAGGCUCAACUGCUACAAAGCUUCGCCAGCAAGGCCAACGGGCGCUGAGGCACCAUGUCAUCGACAUUCCUCACCCUCGUCCUGGCGCCCGUCCUGAUCUUUGCACUAUGGCACAUAACCGCAACGUCGAGCCCACCAGUCCCCACGCCCCUCCGCAACAAGCGCAUCAUCCUCCUGAUAGCCCACCCCGACGAUGAGUCCAUGUUCUUCAGCCCGACCCUCCAAGCCCUUACGAACCCGAACCUCCAAAACCACCUGAAGAUCCUGUGCAUGAGCACCGGCAACGCCGAUGGCCUAGGGGACACGCGCAAACUAGAGCUGGAAAAGGCCGCAUUGACACUCGGUCUACGGCGCAAAGAAGACGUGUUCGUCCUGGACGACGAGCGCUUCAAGGACGGCAUGCGGGAAGAUUGGAAGCCCGAGGAAAUCGCCAAAGUGCUCGCCAGCGCGUUUGCGCCGCAUCUCAACGCCAAAUCACCCAAGGACUCCGGGGUCGACGACAAAGACAGCUCGAAGGACCGCAAGAAAUCCAAGACCAAGCAAGUCAAAUUCUCACCGUUACCAACAUCCGACAGUCCCCGCGCAUCAAUCGACGUCCUCAUCACGUUCGACCAGAGCGGCAUCUCAGGACACCCAAACCACAAAGCAUUAUACCACGGCGCGCAAUUGUUCUUGCAGCAAAUCAUGCGCGGAUACUCGGGCUACGCCUGUCCCGUGGCAUUAUACACUUUACCUUCGAUCAAUAUCUUCCGGAAGUACAGUUCCAUUCUGGACGCCAUACCCACCAUGCUGGAAGGCAUCUACGCUACGAUCCUGGGCAAUGCUAUGUCAUCGAAGGGAUCUGGCAAGAAGGAAGGCGCGGAUCGUGUGGUGUUCAUCAACGACAUUUUCAAAUACUGGAGGGCCAGGGAGGCGAUGGUCAACGGACAUAAAAGUCAAAUGGUUUGGUUUCGCUGGGGUUGGAUCGGUCUCGGACGCUAUAUGUAUGUCAAUGACUUGCGCAAUGAGAAAAUCAUCGCGACAUGAGGCGGAUUAGCAUGCCGGAAAAUGUUUAUGAACACAUUAUUUGCAUUGCAUUGUACCACUAGGUGUUUGUAUUGAGCGGCAAAAAGGAACUGAACUGU